CCGGCGCGGGCGCUCGGGUGACUGCAGCGGCUCGGCUCCCCGCCCCCAGCCCCGCGCCGCGCGGCCGCCCGUCGCUUCGCACAGGGCUGGAUGGUUGCUUUGGGCAGGGUGGCUCCAGGAUGUUAGGGACUGUGAAGAUGGAAGGGCAUGAGAGCAGCGACUGGAACAGCUACUACGCGGACACACAGGAGGCCUACUCCUCCGUCCCGGUCAGCAACAUGAACUCGGGCCUGGGCUCUAUGAACUCCAUGAACACCUACAUGACCAUGAACACCAUGACCACCAGCGGCAACAUGACGCCGGCUUCGUUCAACAUGUCCUACGCGAACCCGGGCCUGGGCGCCGGCCUGAGUCCGGGCGCCGUGGCGGGCAUGCCGGGCGGCUCCGCGGGCUCCAUGAACAGCAUGACGGCGGCGGGCGUGACGGCCAUGGGCACGGCGCUGAGCCCCGGCGGCAUGGGCGCCAUGGGCGCGCAGCCCGCGGCCUCCAUGAACGGCCUGGGCCCCUACGCGGCUGCCAUGAACCCGUGCAUGAGCCCCAUGGGGUACGCGCCGUCCAACCUGGGCCGCAGCCGGGCGGGCGGCGGCGGCGACGCCAAGACUUUCAAGCGCAGCUACCCGCACGCCAAGCCGCCCUACUCGUACAUCUCGCUCAUCACCAUGGCCAUCCAGCAGGCGCCCAGCAAGAUGCUCACGCUGAGCGAGAUCUACCAGUGGAUCAUGGACCUCUUCCCCUACUACCGGCAGAAUCAGCAGCGCUGGCAGAACUCCAUUCGGCACUCGCUCUCCUUCAACGACUGCUUCGUCAAAGUGGCGCGCUCGCCGGACAAGCCGGGCAAGGGCUCCUACUGGACGCUGCACCCGGACUCCGGCAACAUGUUUGAGAACGGCUGUUACUUGCGCCGCCAGAAGCGCUUCAAGUGCGAGAAGCAGCCGGGGGCCGGGGCCGGGGGCGGGGGCGGCGGCGGCGGCGGCGGCGGCGGCGGCGGCGGCGGCGGCGGAGCCAAGGGCGGUCCCGAGAGCCGCAAGGACCCCGCGAGCGCCGCCAACCCCAGCGCCAACUCGCCGCUCCACCGCGGCGUGCACGGCAAGGCGGGCCAGCUAGAGGGCGCGCCGGGCCCCGGGCCGGCUGCCAGCCCCCAGACUCUGGACCACGGCGGGGCCACGGCAACAGGGGGCGCCUCGGAGUUGAAGACCCCACCCUCCUCGGCGGCGCCCCCGAUCAGCUCCGGGCCGGGGGCGCUGGUGUCUGUGCCCCCCUCCCACCCGGCGCAUGGCCUGGCACCCCACGAGUCCCAGCUGCACCUGAAAGGGGACCCCCAUUACUCUUUCAACCACCCCUUCUCCAUCAACAACCUCAUGUCCUCCUCGGAGCAGCAGCACAAGCUGGACUUCAAGGCCUAUGAGCAGGCACUACAGUACUCGCCCUACGGCGCUGCGUUGCCCGCCAGCCUGCCCCUCGGCAGCGCCUCGGUGGCCACCAGGAGCCCCAUCGAGCCCUCAGCCCUGGAGCCGGCCUACUACCAAGGUGUGUAUUCCAGACCCGUCUUAAACACUUCCUAGCUCCGUGGGACUGGGGGUUUGUCUGGCAUGGCCAUGCUGGUAGCAAGAGAGACAGAGAGAGCGAGAGAGCGCGAGCGAGAGAGCGAGAGCGGGAGAGAGAGAGAGAGAGAGAGAGAGAGAGAAAUCAACAACAAACAAAACCACACAUACCAAGCUGACAACAGCAUAAUAAAAUCCCAACUGUUUUUAUUUCAUUUUGUGUGUGUGUGUGUGUGUGUGUGUGCACAAUCUUUUCCCCAGUGCGAAGGACUGUUACUUUGUUAUUGUAUUCAAAAUGCCUUGUGUAUAUUAUUACAAAGAAAACCAAUCCCAAACCAACAAAAAUUUUCCCUGCAAAGUUUAACAAUCCACAAAUGUAUAUAUAAAAUCCUUCUAUUAUCCUUGUUCCUCUCCCUUUCUUCCCUCUUUCUCCUCCAGACACAUUCUAGUCUGGGCAGGGUUUAUUUAAAAAAAGAAAAAAAAAGAAAGAAAGACGGUCAAACUUGUAAAAUAUUUGUUUGUGCUUCCCCACCCCCACCCCACCCCCUCCUCGCCUGACCCUCCACAAGUUUACAGGUCUAUGGCAAUACUCUUAACCAUAAGAACUGAAAGGGUGAAGAAACAAGUAGACGCUAGGGGCUAUUAAAAAUAUUUGAAGGACAAUACUGCUCUUAUGCAGCAAAACAAACUAAUUAUAAACAUCAGAGCCAUUUGUUGUUCAGCUUACAUUUCUGAUACAUUCAAAUAGCAGAUGUCUUAAAAUGAAAUACAUAUAUAUUAUGUACCAACUCAUUUAUGCACAUGCUCAAAUCUGUAGACAUCCUCCGUAUAUUUGCAUAACAUAUAGAAGUAAUAGGUAGGUGAUACACAUGCUACAUUUUCAAGAGUUGCCUGACCAAGAAGUUACAAAGACACCCUCCUCCCUUGUCCUCUCCACCCAAGUAUAGCCCUGAGAAUCAAUUCCUCAAGAAUUGCCAUCCUCAAUAACUCUGCUCCUUGCUUUGCAGAGUGCCAUUGUCAUGUCAUUUUGAGGUCACAUAACAUGUAUAAAAUUAGCUUCUAUGUAUCUAUACCAUUUAAAUAAUAUUUUUUUCCAGGAAAAAGGGAAUAUUACAAUGUUGGAGGAGAGAUAAGUUAUAGGGAGUGGUAUUUCAAAAUUUGGUCCAAGAUUCCAAAAUCUAACUGAUUGUGGCCAUUUUAAUUAUUGCCAUCGUGUGCUUGUUUCAUUCAGUGUUAAUGCACUUUUCACAGUUGGACAUGGUGUUAGUAUAGCCAGACGGGUUUCAUUAUUCUUCUUUGCUUUCUCAAUGUUAAUUUAUUGCAUGGUUUAUUCCUUUUUUUUCUUUAUAGUUGAAAUUGCUUUAAAUGAUGGUUAAAAUUACAAAUUAAAAAUGUUAAUUUUAUCAAUGUGAUUGUAAUUAAAAUAUUUUGAUUUAAAUAACGAAAAUGAUAAAUUUUAAGCCGUGGAAUAUGUUCUUGAUCAUUUGCAGUUAAGGACUUUAAAUAAAUCAAAUGUUAACAAAAAAGUAUUUCUGUUAUUUUCCUCAAUUUAAUCCAAAGUAAGUAUUCUGAAUAUGGUAUUUUCCAAAGUCCAAUACUGAAUAUAAAUGACAAAAAGGAAGAUGAUCUAAAACAAAAUUGUAUUAUGUUUAUUAUAUGAAUGUGAAGAUAGUAAAAAAAAGUCAAAGAAAUUCAAUAACAGUGGGUAUAUAAAUUGAUUUAAUAUCACAAGAAUUGAGGUUUUUUUAAGAUUAUUUAUUCCCAGUAAAGUUUAACUUUUGACAUGA